AUUUUUAUUGUUUAUUUUUUGGCGAAACAGAACCGUUGUGUAAACAUGAUAGCUCACCUCUUCAAUGCGCCACUUGGAGACUCCGAGGCAGCAGUUGGCGUAGGGACAGUGGGAUCAUCCGAAGCAAUCAUGCUUGCUGGAUUAGCCUUCAAGCGAAAGUGGCAGAACAGGAGAAAAGCCGAGGGAAAACCCUAUGAUAAGCCCAACAUUGUUACAGGUGCAAACGUUCAGGUGUGCUGGGAGAAAUUUGCAAGGUACUUUGAAGUGGAGCUGAAGGAAGUGAAGCUAAGAGAAGGAUACUACGUUAUGGACCCUGCCAAGGCAGUUGAGAUGGUUGAUGAGAACACGAUCUGUGUGGCUGCAAUUCUGGGCUCCACACUUAAUGGAGAAUUUGAAGAUGUAAAACUUUUGAACGAUCUCCUUAUCGAGAAGAACAAAGAAACUGGAUGGGACACUCCAAUUCAUGUUGACGCAGCAAGUGGAGGCUUUAUUGCUCCAUUCCUGUACCCAGAACUGGAAUGGGAUUUCCGGGUGCCAUUAGUGAAGAGUAUUAAUGUCAGUGGCCACAAGUAUGGACUUGUCUACGCUGGGAUUGGUUGGGUCAUCUGGAGGAGCAAAGACGACUUGCCUGACGAGCUAAUCUUCCAUAUCAACUAUCUGGGAGCUGAUCAACCCACCUUCACCCUCAACUUCUCUAAAGGUUCCAGUCAAGUCAUUGCCCAGUACUACCAACUCAUUCGCUUGGGUCAUGAGGGGUACAAGAAUGUCAUGGAAAACUGCCGGGACAACAUGAUAGUCCUCAAGGAAGGAUUGGAGAAAACAGGACGCUUCGACAUUGUCUCCAAGGACAAUGGAGUCCCAUUAGUAGCCUUCUCAUUGAAAGACAACGGCCGCCACGAUGAGUUCGAGGUGUCUGACCUAUUGCGAAGGUUCGGUUGGAUCGUGCCUGCCUACACCAUGCCUCCGGAUGCCCAACAUAUAACAGUUUUGCGCGUGGUUAUCAGAGAGGACUUCUCCCGCACACUUGCUGAGCGCCUUGUCACGGACAUCGAGAAAGUCUUGCACGAGCUUGAUAUUCUGCCGGCCAAGAUCAGCGCCAAGCUGGCUCUUGAGGCCGAGGAAAAUGGAAAGAAGAAGACUGAUAAACAGAGACAGCUGGAGGUCACCCUUGCUUGGAGGAAGUUUGUGCAGGACAAGAAGAAGAUGAAUGGUGUCUGUUAGACAUAUAUAUAUAUAUAUAUAUAUAUCCGUCUUCAUGAAGGAUGCCUCGUCUUUUUCGCGAUCUAGGUGUGGGUAAUUAAUACGAAUUUUAUGUUUUCGUCUUACAUAUUACUGAGAUUUUAAUUAUGUAAAAGAAAACUUUAGUUAAUUUCUGUCAAAUAAGUGAUAUUUUAUGUGUAUGCUUGAUUAGAUUA